UUGCUGUUCAACUUUCCUCCCUUUCCUCCACCGCGCCAUGCCCAAACGCUGGAAACGCGGUGCCCGCGACGACGACGCGCCCAGCGGCACACCCUGGCCGCUGGCCGUGGAAACGCCGGCGCCACCGUCACGAAGCCGAGCGGAGCAGUUGAUGCAGCGGCUGUGGAAGGGCGAGUUGGAAGGAGAAACUCCCGAUGGGUCACUUUCUCGCCCAGUGAUCCCCCAUCCAAGUCAGGGCACGGCCAAAGGCUAUUCUUCCCGUGGCCCCCGGAGUAGCGAAGCCUUCUUUCCCGUGAUGUCUAGCGAGGAGCUGGCACCGCUGCUGGUUCCCCUCCACCAUGGCGCUGAGAAGAUCAAGGCGACCUUUCAGGACUUCGGCGUGUGCAUUGUCACUGAUGUGCUGAGCAACGCCGAAUGUGCCGCCUUCGAAGAACUUUGGCACGACGAUUUGUUGCGCUUGCUGGAUGGGCACAAGGUCGAGGGCGAGGCAGCCCGUCAAGCGCAAAAUGUCCAACAGGACCUGAAAGCGUGGCCUCAACGAUGGGACCAGCACCUGGGCAUCAAAGGCAUGGCCUCCAAACAUGGCCUGCCCCACGGCAGCUUCGCUUGGGCUGCGCGGAUGCACCCCAAGGUGCGUCAAGUCUUUGCAGAUCUCUAUGAGAGCAGCCCAGAGGACCUGGUGGUUGGCUUAGACAACGUCUUCUGGUGCAGCGCGCAAGAGGAAGGCAGCAGCACCAACCCCGAGUGGCUGCAUGUGGACCAGAAUCAUCGCACGGGUAUGACAUGGCCCUGUGCGCAAGGUGUGCUCUACAUUUGGCCCUCGGAGGGAUCCAGUUCUUCAACAACAGUGGUGUGGCCCAAAAGCCAUAAGGAGGCGUACGAGAAAAUGAUGGACGAUCCCGAGGCCAUCACACGCGGCCGCUCCAUGGGAGGACAAUCCGUCAAGCUGAAGGAGCUCCAGCUGCCGUAUCUCCGCGAGGAACUCUUGAGCGAAGCCUUGUUGAACAGUCGCCGGGUGCCGUGCCCUGCGGGGAGUUUGCUCCUCUGGGAUUCGCGCACGGUUCACCAGGGCUGGCGUGGAGGGCCUCGCCUGGCACAGCCCAUCUGUUGGGAACCGCGGGAACGGCGAUCUGAGGAGGCGCUGCAUCGCAAGCUGUGGAUGUGCGGCAGCGGCAUAGCCUCCUCGCACUCCGCAGCGGAGGGCCGGGUGCAUGGCAUGGCCAAGGAGGCACCAAGUCCCUCCCUGGAAGAAGGCCUUCCGUUGCUGAGAGCUUGCCUGGUGCCCUACGGCAUUGCCAGCGGCCAGGAGAUCAAUUGGGUGGAGCAGCAUGAGGCCAUUUGGCCCUCGGACAAUCCCAAGCGCCAAGCCGAUGUGAAUAAUCUGCGCGCACUGCUUCCUCUGCUGCGACCGGAAAUGGAGGAGGUCCUUUGA